ACCUCCAUCAGGAGCAUUUGAAGUGUCUGCAGCACUAACAAUUUCCUCCGAGAUAGAAUAAAGUUUUCCCUGACUGGUUCCCCACCUGUUAACCAGACAGAGAAGUGGACCCCAAACACUGACAGCUUCACUUCGGUUCCACCUUGUGUAUCAUCAUCAGUGCUCACCGUCACCAUGGAUGUCUCCUCUGGCUCUAUAUGCUGUCAUUCUAUGAUGAAGGCUACAGACAAACCUUACAUACUUAGCUCACAAUGUGAUUCUAUUUUUCCCUUUAGCACUUUAAACUGAACCAACGAGGUUAUCUCAUAAGUUUUAGUAUACAUUUAUUUAUAUGCACAUAUUACCUCAAAUCUUAUUGUAAAACCUCAGUCAGUUGGCUUGAUUUUUUUAUUUUUUUGCUGAUUAAAUUGAAAAGUAAGUAAUAAUGGAAACAACAACACUAGCAUCGCUGGCUGCUGCCACCACAGUGGCUCUGGCCUAUCAGGCUGACAUGUCAGGAUACUUGUGGCUGCUGGUCGUCGGCUUCAUCAUCGCCUUCAUCCUGGCUUUCUCCGUGGGGGCCAACGAUGUGGCCAACUCCUUUGGUACGGCAGUGGGCUCCGGUGUGGUCACCAUGCGUCAGGCCUGCAUCCUGGCCUCCAUCUUUGAGACGGUUGGCUCAGUGCUGCUGGGGGCAAAGGUCAGCGAGACCAUCCGACAGGGGAUAAUUGACGUCCGGAUGUACAACGGUUCUGAACACGUCCUGAUGGCGGGAUCUAUAAGUGCAAUGUGGGGCUCAGCUGUGUGGCAGCUGGUUGCGUCAUUCCUGAAGCUUCCCAUUUCUGGAACUCACUGCAUUGUGGGGGCCACAAUUGGCUUUUCCAUGGUAGCCAAGGGUCAUCAAGGGGUCAAAUGGAUAGAGAUACUGCGCAUUGUGGCUUCCUGGUUCCUGUCACCUCUGCUGUCAGGCAUCAUGUCAGGAAUCCUCUUCUAUUUUGUUCGCAAAUUCAUUCUGAACAAGGCGGACCCAGUACCCAAUGGCCUCCGAGCUCUCCCAGUCUUCUACGCCAUCACGAUGGGCAUCAACCUCUUCUCCAUCAUGUUCACAGGAGCACCAUUGCUGGGCUUCGACAGAGUGCCAUGGUGGGGAACACUGUGUAUUUCUCUGGGAUGUGCCCUAAUAACAGCUUUGUUCGUUUGGUUCAUUGUUUGUCCACGCCUGAAGAAGAAAAUCAAACGAGGAACUACUCCUGCUCCCUGUGAGACCCCUCUAAUGGAGAAGACCUCCAGUAAGCCUGCGCCUCCAGAGCAGCCCUCAAUACCACAAGACCCCCCACCUCAGACUCCUGCUGUGGACAGUCAGAAGGUGGCUUUUAAACUCGGAGGCUCAGAAGAAACUGACUUGGACAACAAUGACAUGGAGACCAAAGAUUUGGAUAUCAGCAAUGGACUGAACGGCACUUUUGGCCCCAUGAUGAUCACUGAUCCUCACAGUGGACGCUCCCACACCAUCCACAAAGACUCCGGUCUGUACAAAGACCUGCUGCACAAGCUCCACAUGGCUAAAGUAGGAGACUGCAUUGGUGACAGUGAUACAGAAGAGCGACCCAUCAGGAGGAACAACAGCUACACCUCCUACACCAUGGCAAUCUAUGGUAUUCAGGGAGACCCUAAAUACAAGGAGGUGGACGGUGGCGGGCUGCAGAGGAGAUCCAGGGUGGACAGUUACAGCAGCUACAGCUCAGCGGUGACCGGGGGGAGUACGGUCCAGGACGGGUGUGUGACACAGGAAGCAGACAAGGAUCUGCCUUCGGAGGAGGACGAGCUGGAGGUCGAUCAGCCGGCUGUGUCUUUGCUUUUCCAGUUUCUGCAGAUACUUACAGCUUGUUUUGGCUCUUUUGCUCAUGGAGGGAACGAUGUAAGCAACGCGAUUGGUCCACUUGUGGCUCUGUGGCUUCUGUAUGACAGCGGCUCUGUCGUUUCCAAUGCACCAACACCCAUUUGGUUGCUUCUGUACGGCGGAGUAGGCAUCUGUGCUGGACUCUGGGUGUGGGGAAGAAGAGUGAUCCAGACCAUGGGCAAAGACCUCACACCCAUCACACCCUCCAGUGGAUUCAGCAUUGAGCUAGCUUCAGCACUCACAGUUGUUGUGGCAUCCAAUAUUGGCCUCCCUGUCAGCACAACUCACUGCAAGGUGGGAUCGGUGGUGGCCGUGGGAUGGCUGCGCUCCAGAAAAUCUGUUGACUGGCUUCUGUUCAGGAACAUCUUCAUCGCCUGGUUUGUUACAGUCCCCAUCUCCGGCCUGAUCAGUGCGGCCAUCAUGGCCGUCUUCAUUUAUGUCAUUCUGUGAGAGUCCAACUGUGCAGCUACACUGUUACAUUGACUGAAAGACUGCUGGCAACCGCUAAUGAUGGCUGACGAGUGAAACUGUGCUAAUAAACAUGCUCCCUUUGGUGAUAGUAAAUGGUGUUUAUUAUAUCACUCACUGUCAGCUCGAGGUCAAACAAAGAUGACAUUUUAAUGGUGGAGUGUCAUUCAUUGUUAAAUAUCCUCAAGUCUGUGAUCCUGUAUAUCACACUGUACAUUUGUAUAAAAGCAAUGAUCUGUUGAAAAUCAAAACAUUAAUUUGUAUAAAAAACUUCAAUGUUUGAAUUUUUUGAUGUAAAAAAAAUAUGUAUGAAACAAAAGAAUUAAAAUG